AUGACGAGUGAUGACAAUUUCUUCUUCAGCUAUCUGGCUUGGGUUCCUACCAACGUGAACAAAUACUCCAACGACCUGGCGAACUCGAUAGAUAACCAAGUUGAACGUGCAGCUGUUUCUAUUCGUGAAACUUUGUCCCAGCAGUCAUGGAUACCUGCAUCGAUACGACCUCCUCCUAACCCCAAGUUCUUCUCGGAUGCCUUACUACCUCCGAAAUCCGCAUUCGAAAGAUGUCAAGACUGGGUCGCAACACACCGAGUAUUAGCUGUAUCAGCUUUGGCAUUUGUUGGAACGAGCGGCGCCUUACUCUAUGGCCAGAGAAAAUUUCAUGUUAGGAGGAGGAGAGCUCGACGUGCUGGCACGGGAGCUCGAAAAGAGAUAGUUGUAAUUUCUGGUUCACCUCAUGAGCCUAUGACAAGGUCGAUUGCUUGCGACCUUGAGAAACGAGGCUAUAUCGUCUUCGUUACGGCAACAUCGACAGAGGAACAACAGAUCAUCGAGAGUGAAGGGCGAGAGGAUAUUAGGUCAUUAUGGUUUGACCUCUCACACACCCCAGCAACUCCUUCGGACAUACAUCCGUCUCUCUACGUGAUACAAUCGAUGAUUACUCAUGCGCAAACCCCAUCGCCCGGAAUACCGGCCCAUACCUGUCAGCUAAGCGCUGUUAUCCUCAUUCCUUCCCUCAACUAUCCUACUGGCCCAGUUGCAGCGAUACCGGCAUCCAGUUGGGCUGACACGAUCAACACACACCUUUUAUACCCUAUCCUUACCACUCAAUUACUCCUUCCUCUCCUUACACUUAAAUCGAACACGGCUUCUAUUGUAUUCAUAUCUCCAGCUAUUCAGUCUGCCCUUUCGUCACCAUUUGCCAGCCCCGAAGUAGCGGUGACACGCGCAAUAUCAGGCUUUGCCACGAGCUUACGCCAGGAACUGAAUUUACUGAUUUCAUCGAAUGGCAAAUCCAACGGCACUGUUGACGUUAUCGAGGUGAAAAUUGGUAACCUCGACCUUGGUCGCCAAUACCGAAGUGGACAGAGACAUAACAACAAAGGAACGGAAGUCCUUGCAUGGAAACCACACCAGAGAGCACUUUAUGGAUCUCCUUAUCUCUCAAGCAUUGACUAUCGCCUAGGGGCAUCCGGGAAUAUAGCACCAAACUCUAGCCCGGCAAGAGAGCUACAUUAUGCUGUAUUUGACGCGAUUGCUCCAUCUAAAAAGAAUAUUUUUGGAUGGCGUGAAAGAAAACCUCGUACUGUUUAUGUUGGUCGAGGAUCUAUUGCAUACAGCAUCAUUUCUCGGAUCAUCCCUGGUGGAAUGGUCGGAUGGAUACUUGGUCUGCGACCCAGUCCCUCCGCGGCCUCUGCUGAACCACCAACACCUGAUGAAGGCAAUGCGAGCAGCAGCGAGACAGGCUGGGAGAGAGUUGCCGGAGUUUGA